UAUAAACAUCAUUGACGUAAAAUAUAAUAAUGAGGAAAAUAAUAUUGGUUUAUUCAAUUGAAUUUAUUAAAUACUGAUUCGAGGUCGAUGGCAUACAUAAUAAUCAUCUAAAUUGACGUUAAUACCACUAGUUCUACCGCUACACCUAAGAACAUAACUAUCAGAGUAAAAUUUCUUUUUGAUAGUAAGUGGCCACAGGACAGUCCCAGGAACACGUGAAUAAUGAGGAUGCGACAUAUCACCUUUGUUGCGCUGUGCAUGCUAGCAGUUCACGUGCGCUCUCAAGAUGGAGACCCGGAUGAACCCGAGGCUACAGUAAUCGAUCCACCUUCACUGCCUACACUGCGCGAUCCUACAUGCGCGGAUAUUAUGCUGAUCAUUGACGUAUCAGCGUCUAUCUCCGAGGACAAUAGGAGGAGAGUUGUGAGAACUGCAAAGAGAGUUUACGAGGAACUUAAUGUACAGAAUAUACGAGGGGGUGGCGCUAGUGUCCGCGUUGGUGCGAUCACGUUCAGAAAGGAAGUGAAACAUAAGUUCUUCCUGUCUGACUUUACAUCAAAAGACGACAUAGCUAAUGCAAUUGGAGGGAUUGAUACUUUUGACGACGGCCCAUACCGAACUCACACCCAUAAAGCGUUCGACUCUGUCAUGCGUGAAUACUUUAUACCAGAACGAGGUGAUCGGUCCGGAAACUUCCCUAAUGUCGUUCUAUUUUUCGGCGAUGCUAAGACGUACACUCCAAUACGGUUCGAGAAAGUUCGUAAGUUUCUCAACGAGCUGCACAACAGAACUGGAGAAGAAGCCAUUCACGUUGACCUAAUUGUACUACCUUCUGAGUUUAACAACAGAGAAGAUUUUGAUGUAAUGAACGAGGAACUGGAACUUAUCCCUAGCAAACCAAUUGGGGAUAACACAUUCUAUCUGAAACAGGGAGAGGAAGAGCCCAUGAUACAAGCACUGGCAAAUCAGUUAUCAAAUAAAUUCUCCUGUUCACCGGGACAAAGCGACGAAAGGGUAUGCGCCGAUGUAGUGGUUGGAAUGGACGUCAGUUGCAGCGUCGCAGAAAAACAUCGCGAAAUGUGCGUUGAGGUUAUCAAAGAAGUGGUCCUUGGUACCAUUGGAGACGUCCGCUAUUCUGCAUUCACAUUUGAUGAAGACGUCUACGAAGAGUUCGAUAGUAAUGGUGAAGAGGAUCCAGAUGUUAUUCGUUCAAAUCUGGAUAAUGUAAAUUUAGAAUCCCGAAGAUGCCGCACGAGAACACAAGCCGCUCUCCGUAAGUUCAGCGAGGUUUAUUUCAACAAUACUAAUCCUCACCCCGAUGACCGUGACGAUGCUGCAUACCCCGAUAUCGCUAUAUUAUGCUAUGACGGUGUGACGUAUCCACAGCGUAUGCAAGAAAAGACAUUGGCAGAAGCCCAAAAAUUGAAGGACUCUGGUACUAAAGUAUUAUUAGUUAAAUUAUGGAAUAACUAUGAAAGAUUUAGCGCAGAUAUCGAGUUUGAGUCGAUCCCAUCUGGUGACGAUGCCUGUAUACCUGGAAAGGGCCAGGGAUACCUCACGGCAGAUAGUAAAGCGGCGGUGGUAGACACAUUGUUAAUGCAGUUACAACAGUUCCAAUGUCCAACAAAAAAAUAAUAGAAUAGAUGUGAUAUAGGAAUAAGACUUAAUCAUAGUAUAAAGGGCCCAUACAACAAAAUAAAUUCUGUGUUUGAUAUAAUAAGACAUGGGUAAUGGCAAGCAGCGAACAAAAUUUAAAAUGGUAUUUUGAUGCACCGUCGCUUGAUUCGAACAUUGACUUUUUAUUAUCUUUUACUUCCGGGUAAUCUUUUACACCCGAGUAUUCUUUAACAUCCGGGUAAUCCAUAAAAUGGCGAUUUCAGCGAUAUUGUCAACUAUAAAAUAUAUGCUUCUCACUUAACGGUUGCACCCAUAACUGUUCACUCAGUAAAUAAUGGUGGAUGCAGUAUUUUAUAAUGAUCAUUUCGCAGAGAAUUCUCUAAUAUUCUAUUACGCCACAACAAACUAAUAUUAAACCCAGAGUAGCCUGUAUCAUGCAUUAUUUAACGAAUGCUAUGAUCUAAAUGUAGUAACUUGAUUUUAAUAUCCUGAAAAUACAUGGCAAAGGAACUCUGAUGAGCAAUAGCAUAUUGCACCCAUGCUGUUGACAUCUGGGUACUAUUUGCACCGGGCGUUCGAAUUAAGCGACUAACAAAGAUAAUUCAUUAUUUAAAAGUAAAAGUAAUUCCUGAAAAUUAUUAUUUAUCAAUAAAAGGGUAUAAAAGUAAUCAAGUUUUUGUUUUAUCAAAAGGAUGUACCAUGUAGGAUAGUAAUUUUGAAAGAUUCAAAUAAAACAAGGCAUUCACAUACAAAUGCCACCACCUGCUAUUUGUUACAG